AUGGUCAAUUUGGGCAGCAGGGGUGUUGCAGGGGGCGGCAGCGGCAUCGGGCGGGCCGUGUGUCAGCUGCUGGCCAAGGACGGCGCCCGCGUGGUGGUGACGGACAUCAACCUGAAGGGGGCUGAAGAGACGUUUCAGCUGAUAUCAGGCUCGGGUCAGCACCUGGCGUUGCAGAUGGACGUGACGCAGAAGGACGCCGUGGAGGCGGUCAUCGCGGUAACCCGGGAGAAGUUCGGAGCCCCGCCCAGCCUCCUCGUGAACUCCGCGGGGAUUGGCACCCGUGAGCCCUUUGUGGAGGUGAAGGAGGACCGUCUUAAUACCAUUAUCGACGUCAAUCUUAAGAUGGAACCAACCGUUGGGGCUACGAGCAACGGCGAUUGCCCGUAG